AUGAGCAUGAGAACUAUCGUUUACGUUAGUGAUUAUGCCACUGAUGUUUGUGAUGCCCUACCUUCCAAUGAGUCUCGACAGUCGAUGGUAAUGGACUUGUUAAAAGCAUAUGGUCUUGAUGAUGAUGUCAUUUGUUUCAAGGCCGCAAACAAACGGGAACUUACUAGUUUUCACAGUGAAGAAUUUAUUGAUGUUGUGCUAUCUAGCGACAUGGAAAACCGUCAAAAGGAUAAAUUUGGCCUUCAAGACGACUGUCCUAUAUUUGAAGGUUUGGCUGAAUAUGUAAAAGUAGUUGCGGGAUCAACUUUGACUUGUGCUAAUCAUUUACUACUUAAUGAGGAAGUGGCAAUCAAUUGGUAUGGGGGUAGACAUCAUUGUGGAAAGAAUCUGGCCCAAGGAUUCUGUUAUGUCAAUGAUAUAGUUUUGGGUAUAAACAGAUUGAGACAUAAAUACAAAGAAGUGUUCUAUAUUGACUUGGAUUUACACCAUGGAGAUGGAGUUGAGAAAGCUUUUAGAUAUUCCAAGAAUGUUACUACUUGUUCUUUACAUAGAUAUGAUGUUGGAUUCUAUCCCGGUACAGGUUCAUUGAAAGACAAUACUGAUUCUGUGAUCAAUGUUCCCCUUCGAAAGGGGUUAAAUGGUGAAACUUUGAAUAAACUUAUGGACGAAUUGAUAUUUCCUAUACUCAGACGCAAGCAACCAGAAGUGUUGGUGAUUCAAUGUGGAUGUGACGGGCUUUUGAGUGAUCCUGCAAAAGAGUGGAAUCUCACUAUUGAAGAUUAUGGUCAAAUUAUUAAGAAAAUCAAUGAUAAUUUCCCGGUACCUAAGUUAAUCCUUGGUGGAGGGGGUUAUAAUCAUUCUGAAACAGCCAAAUGUUGGACUUAUAUAACAAAAAUAUUGAAAGCUGAUGACACAGAGUUUGAUAUGAUACCUGAUCAUAAAUAUGUGGAUGAGUACGAACCAUCGGGAUACCGAUUCUGGUAUCACGAAAAGAGUUUGAUGAAAGAUUAUAAUGACCAUGAAUACAUUAACCUGGUGAUAUCAUCUAUAAUUAAAAAUUUCACCUAA